GAAUCGCUCGCCUAGCUAGCUAGCUAGUGACGCGGUGUCUGCCUGUUUGCCGUCGCGAGAAGAAGGAACAAAAACUUUCACUACUUUCUCAACGACGACGACGACGACGUCGACCGGUUUUUUGUUGCCUGUGCGCAUCCACUCACUCGAAAAAGGAAGAGAGUACCGUCAGCUUUCGGUCAGACUCCCCCGAAUUGAAGUGCUCAAUCGGUCACCAUCCGGAUGGCGUGGUGUUGAAAAAAAAGUGUGCAACAGUGUAGUGGUACCCAAAAGUGACUUUGAUCAGUGCAAACAUUUGAAAUCGACCACAACAAACGUCACACAGUGCGCAACCGGUACGGCGGCGGUACGGGUUAAGGGAUCCCUCGAUCGGAACCUGGCAAGCGGAAGCGGACGGUGAACUCGAAACGAAAAGAACGCACUCUCUCUCUCUCAUCAGUGACAUGGUGAUGGCCAACCAUCCGGCUGCAGUAGUGAGACCGUUGUGAACAACGGAGCACCAUCAGUAAAAGUAGUCAGCAACAGUAGCCGCCAGCAUCAUCAUCAUCAUCGGUCGCACCAAAGCGGAGUUCAAAUAUAUUUUGCAGCUUUCAAACAAAUUAUUUAAUUAGCCUACCCCGCUAGAUGGAUACCUAGUGUGUGUGUGAUGCAAAAGUGACCAAUCAGCGACACAAGUGAGAGUGAAAUUAAUCAAAGAAAGUGCGUUCUGCAUAGCUUCCGGCCGGGCAAGAAGUGUGCAGAAAAAAAACAUUGAGGUAGUGGCGGGACGGAAAAAAAAUUCGCAAUCAGCUGCAGCAGCUGAUCUUGGUAAGAAACUCGAUCGUAGAUCAUCAGCAACUGGUCGGCGACAAAAACGACGACGGGCCGCGAAGAAAGAUGGUCAGUAGGGCAGGCGUUUCUUCUUGGCUGCGGCCACUGGUAGUGAUAGUGUGUUUCGGCCUAGUGAUAAAUUUCACGCUGGCCAACAGUCCAGCUAGCACCACCGCGUCCGAUGCGACGACUGUCACCGAAGAAAGUGCAACCGAAAGCGACCGGGGCGAUGAUGGCUACCAUAAUCAGACGAUGAUUAGCAGUGAUAGUGACAGUUUAGGUGCUGAUAUCGGCAACCAGUCCAGCACGACGCAGCUGCCGGUGAAGGUGGGCGUAGUACCACGGAGAAAGCCGCUGUUUUCUACCGGAAACCGCCUCUGGGAUGCGCUGAUUGCCGAGUGUCUCCGAAAGCCGACAUUUGCAUGCAUCCAGAAGAAUGUAUACAGUUUCUUGGGCGAGUCGCUGGACGUUGGCGAUUUCAACGUCAGCAAUCGGCUGAUGUUCGUCAAGAACCGGGUCGAUUACACCAAGUACACCCGCGAGGCGAACGAGGACGAUCAUCAUGAGGCUGAUAAUGAGAUACCGGAUGCGAGAGCAGGUAAUUAG